AGAGGAAAAAGAGCCGUCAAAGAACGAUCCAUUAAUGUGGGACACUCCACUCUGGUCUUCUAUUGGAUGCAGCAGGACUAAGACAUUAAGAUCAGAGAUUCAGUAUCACAACAUCAGCCCUCCCCUCCCUCUCUCUUUUUCUCCUCCUCUCUUCUCUCCCCUUUAGUCUGAGCACUUGUAGGGCAGGACUGAGCAGGCUGACAGACAGAGAGUGCCCAGCUGGUGUCCUGGGUCUGUUAGAGACCCUGGGAUCCACGAGGGGGGGAGAAAGGAGGAGUGUGCACGGAGCAGCAGCAGCAGCAACAGGAGCCCAGCAUACACACACACACACACACACACACACACACAAAAAGAAGCCACUGGACUCCUUGUGUGUGUGUCGCUUAAAAGCUACAGAGUGACACUGACAGAGCACUGUCACCAGGAGGAUUUGAGCUGUUUGCGAAUGUGUGUGUGAGAGUGUGUGAGGGUGUGUGCGUGUGUGUGCAUGAGAGGAAACACUCCUCAAGUGCAAGAGGGACGCUUCUGGACUGCAACCACCAUAGGACUUCAGCUUGACAAGAGCCCGGAGUUAUGUUUUAAAGAGUUUUGAGCAGCUGCUUUUACCUGUUGGGUCUUUGGCUGGAAAUCUAUGAAGGAACUAUCCUACAUAAUCAUUUCAAAAUAAAAGCUGACUAUUCAAUAUCACUCCAAUCAGGGACUGAAAGACUGGAACUAUACUUCUCAAGGAGGGAGUAACAUUCACCAAAGUGGAUCAAGGUGGCGGGGAUGAAAAAAGAUGCCCACCACCAAAAUAAAAAAGCUUCCUUUGAACAGUGACAUUGAGAGUAGGAGGAUAAUAGAUGCAAGUUAAGCUCUGAGGAGGGACAAGUGGAAAAAAACACACCACGCUUUGGUUAGAGUUUUUUUCUUCCCUGGACAUCAGAUCUGAUUUGACUCCAGACUUGAGCAUUAAGAGUUGUUAUCCACUCAGGAAUAUGAAUCCGUCUCUGUGAGUGAAAAGCCUUUCAUGUGGGAGCCCGUGACUAUCUGUGAGUUUGAAAGGAAUCUGCCUUCUUUUUCUGCUGGCGCCGUCAGGAACCCAGAGUUCCUCACUUUUCGCGGAUUAUUCAUCCACUCGGCGGGGGAGCUUACUGCUAGAAAUGCCAGAGGCGAGUUCAUUCGUAGGUAACACGCCCUCCUAAACUGGAUUCCCUCCAAGCCACCAGAUUUGGAUUUGUCUACAACCGCCUCUGCUGUCUGCUCAUGACAUAUGGCUUUGUGAAAGGAUCUUUAAUUUGGGCCUCUCAUUAACAAUUACACAUCAGCUCUAAGCCAUCACAAGACAUUGGAGUAAGUCCAAGAUGGCCACCUCCAUGCAUCCACUCUUGAUAAGCUUCUCUCUGGCCAUUCUCCUGGGUUUGACCUCUCUGGGUGGACUGAAUUCUCGGCCCUCAGGUCAGGCUUCGGCCCAGGUCUCCACCAACAACCAGACAACAGAGCCCUCCGCGUUACCAGAGGCUGCCCUGGCUACGCCCACACCAGAUCCUGAGGACCAAACAGCUCCAUCCGGCGGUAACCGAUGCUGGGGUUACUACGAUGUCAUGGGCCAGUGGGACCCACCGUUCAAUUGUAACGCGGGUAUCUACUUGUUCUGUUGCGGUUCCUGCUUCUACCGCUUCUGCUGCCAGUUCAAAAUUCACAGUUUGGACCAGACUUCCUGUUCCAACUAUGACACACCUGUGUGGGCGAACACUGGGAAACCGGCGGCACCUGUCACAGAGGCCCACGAGGAACCAGACCGGGACCGAACCCACAUGAUCGUGUAUAUUAUCUGUGGAGUGGUGGCCAUCAUGGUAUUGGUCGGGAUUUUCACCAAGCUCGGGCUGGAGAAAAGUCAAGGGGGACAGACUGACAUGACCAACUCCAGGUAG